GAAAUUAACUAAAAAACGUAAUUAAAUUCGUCUAUUUCGAUUUGCACAUAUAUUAUGCUGCUUUUACAGUUAUAACAAUGGAACAACUUUACCUUCAAACAACUCAAUUAAUACAAGAAACUACAGAUUUGUUUUAUAAACUAGAGAGGGAUCCUUCUGAAAAUAUAGAAAAUGCUAUUCAAUCAAAAAUUAAUGCCAUUAAUGCAAAUUGUGAAAAGCUGGACAUACUGGUGUUCAAAACACCAAUCAAUCAAAGGCCUACAGCAAAAAUGAGAGUUGACCAACUAAAAUAUGACAAUAAGCAUAUACAGGCAUCUUUACUAAAUGCUCAAAACAAAAGGCGUAGACGACAGCAAGAACAAGAAGACAGAGAGCAGUUGCUGAGCAGGAGGUUUGGUCAUGACCACACUGCUAUUAAUGUCGAUUUCUUAGGACAAGAACGAAACUCUUUGCAGAGUUCACAUCAACAUGUGGACGAAAUGCUUCAUACUGGUUCCAACAUUUUGCAGACUCUAAGGUACAACAGGGACACGUUGAAAGGUGCGCAUAGAAGACUAAUAGACCUGGCCAACACUCUCGGCCUCUCCAACGCAACGAUAUCCUUGAUAGAAAGAAGAGUGUCUCAGGACAAAUACAUUUUGUUUGGAGGCAUGUUUGUUACCCUGACUGUGAUCGUACUAGUUGUAUUCUUCUUGGUAUAGGGUGUACAGGAUGUUAUAAAAUUAAGCGUGUAAUUUCAUAUUUUCCAUGAGUUAAGAAUGAAUAUUU